AUGUCAGUCUUUGGACUUGAACGAAGCCAAACCGACGGUGCCCAAGCCUAUGACCAUGCCAUAGACCUCGUGGAUACCACCAAGCCUAAGGAAAGCUUCGAGGAGGAAGGGUCAUCUUUAUCCUCUCCGAUACCCAGGUCAGACAGCGGAACUCUUCUGAGCCGACAAUGGACCAAAGGCGGACUUCAGAAGCAGUUAGCUCAGCGGAAAUACGCAAAAUAUCAGGAAGGCAAGGAAGACAACCCUGAAUCAUUACCUGAAUCUGGUGACGAGAGUGGUAAUACUGAGGCAAGGACGUCUCAAGAGGGCGAGCCUAGGAAAGACAGUGUGCGUACCGGUCGACUACGAGACAGGAUACCUUUCAGAAAGAAGGCAAAAGCGAAGUCUCGAGAGAAAGUCGACACUUUCAUUGACGUUCUCUAUGAGAACCAACGUGGCUCAUUUUUCUGUGGCAUUCCCCUCUACUCGUCGAACUCGCUCCUCAACUUCGACCCUUCCCCUUGGCAAACGGCCAGUUUCAAAGACAGUGCGGUCAAUAUUACCAACUUUCAGCUACCGGACCCUAGCUGGGCUUGGGAUUGGAAAAAAUGGUAUGUAGACAUGUCGCAUGAUGUCGACGAAGAGGGCUGGGAAUACUCGUUCAGCUUCAACAGCGUCUACUCGUGGCACGGCACGCAUCCCUUCCUCUACUCCUUUGUACGGCGGAGAAGGUGGCUGAGGAGGAGGGUCAGGAUACACCCACACAAGGCAGAUGGAAAGAAGGGUAGUAUAAAAAAUGCACAUCUGUUGAAUGAGGAUUAUUUUACGAUUCAUGCCGCCAAAAGGAGCAGAAGUCGUGAGUCCAGCGCGGACAGGUCCACCAACAACCAAUCAAGCUUUAUGCCUGAGGUCAAGGCUGAGGAUGAAGCGGAAGAAGAUCUUGGUGAGGUUAGCGACAUAUCAGCUCUUAUGGCAGCCCUCAGAAGAUCCAGAGUGGACAGAGAAAAGAUUGCUGCGGUGAGAGUAUUCUUAGAGCAAGGCGGCGAUGAGCUCUUCUAUCUCGCAGAGAAGAUGCCGGAGAUAUUGGCCAUUUUUGUCCAUCAGACGUCAUGCCGUCAACUCCAAUCCUACCUCCUUCAGGUUCUUGAUGAAGCUAUCAAUACGGAAAGCACGGGGAAAGACAAAGAGAACGGCAAAGAGGACUCGGAUACUGACACUGCAGCCAAAAAGCUCAAGAUUGAUAAUGUCCUCAAAGCGAUCAAUGCAGCUGGAGUCCACAUCAAUGAUCUGCACUAUUGGAGUGAUCUCAGAGACCGAGCGACCAGCAGCGAGGCUGGUCCAACAGAGCAGACUCAUGCCUUGGACGCUAGUGAACCGGCUGAAGUAGCUGGAGAUCAGCCUCAUGCACAUAGUGAUGAUGAUGAGACUAACGUCCGAGAGGAGAUCAAGGGCAUUCCGAAGGAUGCUCAUGUCUCCAAGGAGCCUCGAAUCCAAUUUAACACUCGACGCAAUGAUCCUAGUGAUGCAGAGGGCAGCGGUACAGGCCCGCUGGAUAAAGGAAAAGGCAAAUUAUAG